GAAACAAUGUUUUUUAAAUAUGUGGAAUUAUCUUUAACUCCUUUUAUAAUGAAAACCAUGUCUGCAGGAAUAUUUGAAGAAAUACGGUUAUCUGCACAUCCCGCUGGACAGUAACGGCCAGAACUAUUCUGCUGAGGCGAUCGCUGAAGCAGCGAGGUGACGAAUCUGUAAACACGUCUGUUACUGUCGUUUUAUUUAAUAAACAAAUAAACAAAUUUAAAUUUUGAUGGUCAGACACUUUCAGAGGGCGACGAACCUACGGAUGUCCGGAACCCUGGAUUCGGCCACGCUGUCGAUGAUGGACAGACCUCGGUGUGGUCUACAGGACUCGUUCAGUGAGAGAUCGCUCAGAUACAAAGUCAUGGGUUACUGGCGUAAGAAGUUGCUGACGUACCGCAUCUAUAACUACACCCCUGACCUGGGCCAGGGGAAGACCCGUGUGGCCAUCCAGAGCGCAUUCAAGUACUGGAGCGACGUGUCGCCACUGAGGUUCAGGGAGCUGCAGCAGGGAAGAGCCGACAUCAAACUGUCCUUUCACAGAAAAGAUAAAACCUGUCCCGUUCCAUUCGAUGGCAAAGGCCAUGUCCUGGCCCACGCCGAUGCCCCUGAAUCAGGCAUUGUCCAUUUUGACGAAGAUGAACUGUGGACGGAGGGGAAGAGCCAGGGCUCCAACCUGAGGAUCGUGGCCGCUCACGAGAUCGGUCACGCUCUGGGCCUGGGCCACUCGCAGUACUACAGUGCACUGAUGGCACCCGUGUACACCGGCUACCGCUCAGACUUCAAGUUACACCCAGACGACAUACGUGGAAUCCAGGCCUUAUACGGAAAGCCAUAUAAAUUGCCACCACCGAGAAAACCAGCGCCUGCUGUGAAUCCCUGCAAGGCCACAGUGGAUGCAGUUAUGUUGGGGCCUGGUCAGAGGACGUACGUCUUCAGUGGUCAGUAUGUGUGGACCGUGUCCAGCUCCGGCCACAGCUCUCCUGUUCCGAUGUCUUCUCUGUGGAAGGAGCUUCCCGGCGGCCUGAGUGCAGCUGUCCACUCCCAGAGAACUGGCAAGACCUACUUUCUGAAAGCGGACAAAUUCUGGAGAUACACGGGCUUUAGACUGGACCACGGCUUCCCCAAACAACUGGUCAACGUCCCUGCCAACGUGGACUCUGCCUUGUACUUGAGGAAGAACAAAAAAAUAAUAUUUUUCAAAGGUUCAGGAUACUGGCAGUGGGAUGAACUCGGCCCCACCGACUUCAGGUCGUAUCCCAAGCCAAUUGGAAAUCUCCUCCCGGGGGCGCCCAGCAACACCGACGCCGCCUUUACGUGGACGAACGGUCACAUAUACAUGUUCAAGGGCAGCAAGUACUGGCGCGUGAACCAGCAUCACCUCACUGUAGAGAAGGGCUACCCCCAGAGCGUCGCUAAAAUGUGGAUGCGCUGCGACGACUGAGCCGCUAGAGGGCGCCAAAGUUUCAACGCAACCCUCGGAUUGUACAGUGAUUCGACACAAAAGCAUUCUUGACAGCAGGUUUUCUCUGGUGAGACGUCCAUGUGUUCUUACUUCAGGUAACAGAACAGAGCGAAUGUUA